AUGGAGCUAGCGACAGAACAUGUGCGCAUGUUGGACGCUGGGAGACAACGUCUUGGACAUUCUUCACCUUUUGCUUCAAAUUGCUUUGAUUCUAUGCUCUCUACAAAGACACAGUUGUUACAACAUGGUAAUAUCUAUGGUCUAAGUUUCCUAGGGACCGAAAAUGGUUUUAUAAUGAUGACGAAUCAAGCGUUUGAACGAUCGUGCAAUGAUUACUGUAAACGACGACAAGAAGCUUUCGAUCACGGACAAAAACUUACAUUCGACGAAAUUGAUCCAGUUCCAGUCACUAAAAGGGUUCAAUUACCAUCUAUUGUCUAUUGGAUUGCACUUUCAUCCGAUGAAUUGAUGCUUGCUGUCGCAUAUACCGAUUCAGUCGCACUCUUUGAAGUUGCACACAUUAUUGAAGCGGUAAAUCCAGCGCCUUUUCACACGUUUUCCAACCUCCAAGCGCAGGAAAUCGCGUGGUGUACAGAUCCUGAGAGUGAACGAUUGGCGAUCUUGACACUUGAGAAGCAAGUGGUCGUAUGCACACUUGAUGGAGUAAAGAGUAGUAUUAAUACACAGACUGACGUGUCAUCCAUUUCCUGGUCUCCGUCGGGAAAGCAGAUUGCGCUUGGUUUGGUUAAUAGCACAAUUGCCAUUUAUGACCAAGAAUCGCUUCAAGUAGUUCGAUCUAUCGGCAAGCCAGAUUGCUGCGAAGAUGCGAGCUUUGAAGUUCAUCACGUUAACUGGGUGGAGGAAGAAUUAAUUUUGGCUGGAUAUUAUAAGUACGACAAAGAAAGCGAGGAAACGAGCGCUUUGGCUUGCAUUUUUGAGAGUGGUAAAUGCGUGGAGCUUGAUGAGAUUGUCGGGUUUUUUGAUAUAAAGAACCGAAGGCAUCAAUAUUUUUCUGCAUUCUUACCGGAUUGGCGAAUGUUCUUCAUUGGCUGCUCGCUGAGCGCAGACAUCGAGCUACUUGUUUCGGAUCCUGAAGGUGGUGAAUGGGAACUAUGGAAACCUUUGGAAAAGUAUCAAGCACGCCUUCCUAUGAAUGUCGAGGAUGAGGAAUCAUUUCCCAUGGGACUUGCCUUGAACUUAAAUUCGACCUCACCAAUUUCUCUCGAUGAAGACGCAUGUUUGUCUGUCCCAAUCGUUUCAUGCGCGAACACAGAAGGACUACUCGUUAACUUUGCAUUUGUUGACACGACUGUAAACGAAGUCGAGUUUGUAAAAAGCCCAUUGCCAUUUGAAAAGAGUGUGACUCGUAAUGCUGCUGUAACGGAGGAAUUCAAGACAUUCGAAACUGAGGCAACAAGUGAGUCCAAGCCUACAUCAGACACUGCAUCUCCAGAUACUCUUGUAUCCCCAAAACAGAUAGUCUCGCAUGAAUAUGGUCAGAAUGAUGAGAACGAGUUUGCGGAAUCUGACGGAGAAUCGAGUGAUGAGGAAGAAGAGCGCAAAGAAGAAGAAGAUAGAGCCAGAACCACGUUUCGUUCGAUUGCGUCCGACGGUGUGGGCUUUAUUCCUUCGGUGCAGUUUCCAAAGUUGAUUAAAGCAUUGGGAUCCACGUAUUCUGAGGAAGAGCAUACAAGCACAUUGAAAAGUCUCGAGAAGGAUGGAAAGAUAUAUGAGUCCGACUUCGUUUCGUGGUAUGUCAAUUGGAUUUUUGGCGACGAUGACUCGGAAUCAGAUGACGAUGCAGAUACACAUGCAUCAUCGGAGGCAAAGCCCGACGAAAUGAAAUCGAAGGAGGAAAUUGUUGCAGCAUUUUCGAGGUUUUUGGCCAAGGAGGGAAGCUGGAAGUGCGGUGUGUGUAUGGUGAAUAACGACCCCGAAGCAACAAAGUGCAGCGCUUGCGAGGCUCUAAACCCUGCUGCGCCAAAGGUGGUGACUCCUGUAACUUUGGCAAGUGCUACGUCUGCAGGCUCGAUCGGAUUCAGCACGACGCCAACCUCGGGCUUUAGCUUCUCAAGUGGCUCGACUGCUUAUGAAACGGACUGUAGUAAGCCUUCUUCUCUACCGAUGACAAUGUCACACGAGAACGGUCGUAACAAUGAAAAAUACGAUAUUGCUGCAUCAGAAGAGGAUGAGAAUGAUGAGGAGGAAGAGCGCAAGGAAGAGGAAGCCAACGUUAGGAAGGUGUUCCGCUCUAUUGCGUCAAAGGGAGCUGAUUAUAUCAGCAUGGAGCAAGUUCCUAAGUUAUUUAAGGUAUUGGGUUCAACAUAUUCUGAGGAAGUGCAUGGUAGCACCUUUGAUAGUCUGAAAAAAAACGGAAAGGUGUAUGAGGUUGACUUCAUCUCGUGGUACCGUGACUGGAUUUUUGAUGACUCCGACUCUGAAGCUGAUGAAGAAAAUGGACUGUUGUCUCUAAAACAGACAGUCUUGCAUGAAUAUGGUCAGAAUGAUGAGAACGAGUUUGCGGAAUCUGACGGAGAAUCGAGGGAUGAGGAAGAAGAGCGCAAAGAAGAAGAAGAUAGAGCCAGAACCACGUUUCGUUCGAUUGCGUCCGACGGUGUGGGCCUUAUUCCUUCGGUGCAGUUUCCAAAGUUGAUUAAAGCAUUGGGAUCCACGUAUUCUGAGGAAGAGCAUACGAGCACAUUGAAAAGUCUCGAGAAGGAUGGAAAGAUAUAUGAGUCCGACUUCGUUUCGUGGUAUGUCAAUUGGAUUUUUGGCGACGAUGACUCGGAAUCAGAUGACGAUGCAGAUACACAUGCAUCAUCGGAGGCAAAGCCCGGCGAAAUGAAAUCGAAGGAGGAAAUUGUUGCAGCAUUUUCGAGGUUUUUGGCCAAGGAGGGAAGCUGGAAGUGCGGUGUGUGUAUGGUGAAUAACGACCCCGAAGCAACAAAGUGCAGCGCUUGCGAGGCUCUAAACCCUGCUGCGCCAAAGGUGGUGACUCCUGUAACCUUGGCAAGUGCUACGUCUGCAGGCUCGAUCGGAUCAGGUGGAUUUUCUUUUCCAGUUUCCAUGAAAGAAGCCUCAACAGCGUCGUCCUUUUCCUUCGGUACAACUCCGGGUGCUGCUACGGUUGAUGGUUCCAAACCUGGUGGAUUUUCUUUUGGUAGCACGACGCCAACCUCGGGCUUUAGCUUCUCAAGUGGCUCGACUACUUCGGGAACAGACUUUCGAGUUUUGACUACCGCAAAGCCUGCGGCUGGACUAAGUUUUGGAAGCUCAAGUAAUUCUGCACGUGCGGCUGGUAAUGGUGCAUACCCGCCCGACACGACAUCAAAGCCGAAGCCUCCUGCUUUUGGUACGACAAGUGGAAGUGAAUACCCUCCCGACACGACAUCAAAGCCGAAGCCUCCUGCGUUUGGCACGACAAGUGGAAGCGGGUACCCUCCCGACACGACAUCAAAGCCGAAGCCUCCUGCUUUUGGUACGACAAGUGGAAGUGGAUACCCUCCCGACACGACAUCAAAGCCGAAGCCUCCUGCGUUUGGCACGACAAGUGGAAGCGGGUACCCUCCUGACACGACAUCAAAGCCGAAGCCUCCUGCUUUUGUUACGACAAGUGGAAGCGGGUACCCUCCCGACACGACAUCAAAGCCGAAGCCUCCUGCGUUUGGCACGACAAGUGGAAGCGGGUACCCUCCCGACACGACAUCAAAGCCGAAGCCUCCUGCUUUUGUUACGACAAGUGGAAGCGGGUACCCUCCCGACACGACACCAAAGCCGAAGCCUCCUGCGUUUGGACCGUCGACCAUCCCUGACAAAGCAACAUCUGUGUCCUCGUUUGCUUUCAACAAGAAUCAAUUUGGGUCGCACACAGGAAUGUCAGCAUCGAUAAACUCUUCUGUGCAAGGUAACACUUUGUCUACCGUCACCUCGACAAAGACACAAUCUAUGUUUGGAAAUGCAUUUGGUAAUGGUAGGGCUAUGGAUACAUCUUCAUCACCAUUUGGCGUCGUUCCAAAAUCAACCUCGAAGAGCGUAUUUUCGUUUGGCUCAACGCGUUCCAGUGACCUAAAUAAUGUUACUCGAAAAGCUAACGCAGUGCGACCGGACUUUUCAUUCGAUACUUCUGCCUUAACGACGGGCACAGGUGAGGAGCGUGACAGUGUUGAAGACCAACCCUCGACGAAGCGGACAUUGAAUUUUGGAGAUUUGAACGCAUUUGAAGCAGAGACGAGCCCGAUUUCAACUGCGAAGAUGAAAGCAAUGCCCGUUGUUGUCCCGUCUGAGUCCUCUAAAAGCAUUCCUUCUUCACAAAUGGAGGGUCAGCUGUGGAAAUUAAUUAUAGACUUUAAUAAGUCCCUUCAGCGAGUGAAACAACGCUCGACGAACAUUUUAUCUAGAGAUCCUACGUUCUCAACGAAUUUUCUGGCAAAAGUGGAUAAGCUGCGCACUCAGAUAUCAAAUCUCUGCGAUGAGGUGAACAACUUAGACGAGUUGCGGGAUAAAAUUGAGAACGAUGUUUUAUUUGUUAUCGGAAGUGAUGGUGAUGUGCACGAGCAACUUGAGUAUGGCCGUGAGAUUCUGAACAGCUUCAAUGACGAGGCCCUCAAGAGUACUUUGGAAGCGCAGCCUCUUGACCAGCGAUCGAAAGAAACUUGGGAAUCGUUGAAGCGUAUAUUACAUGAGGUAGAGCAAUGCUGUCUUGAACUUGACAGCCACCUCUCAUCUUUCAAAAUCGGUGCUGGUGGAACUGGUUCAGUGACGUCAGCGCAUUUGUUCCGUGUACUGAAGCAGACUUAUGACAAUUCGAAGAUGCAGUACAACAAAGUGUGUAAGUUAGCUGAACAUCUGGAAAGCCUGAGUUUGCGUGGCGACCGCAUGCGUCAAGCUAACGGUGUAGGUCGGGAUACUGCUAGUGAAACCGAAUCUCGUCCCCAAGCAACGAAGGCAGCCAUGAUUGAGAUGAUCGUGGAGACUGAACAACGUAGCCAGGAUGUGCGUCGUAACUUUUUGUCUCUAUGCAACAAUGUGGUUACUCCUCGUGAUGUAUUCUCAACGCCGCGGCGAAAACUGGCUCCUGCCACGCCUUCAAACUCUUCGACAUCGCCACUCCAAGUCAAAGCCUGCAGCAAGCUGAUGCCAAAAAUGCACCUGAGUGUUGCUUCUCCAAUAAGCUCAGCAAAGCUGUCAUCAAGGUCCGUCUCGUUCAAGAAUACUCCUAUUAAGUCUGGGACAAAGCUGUUCUCGCUGGCAGAAGCUAUGGCACCAAAGGAGGAGCCUGCCAAAUUUGUUCAAACCCCACAGCCAGCGAAGCCUAGCGUAGGUGUUGGGAAAGCGCCCCAGAGACCAAGUCUAGGUACACCGACUACCGAGUUAAAACCUGCUUUGACAACUUCUUCAGCUGCAGAAAAAUCUAACGUGUUUAGUUUCUCGAACGCUGCUGAAGGAACUGAGAGUUCGUUUGUACCAGCUUUUGGUAAAACAGGCGACACGAAGACUGCAUCGACUAUUUCCUCGUUUAGUGAUUUCGGAGUCAACUCGUCGGCUGUGACGCCGAGACUAAAAGCUAACGUCAGGCCAUCUUCUGCCUUCUCGCUAGGAGGAAAAGAAGCCCCGUCGUCUUCUUCCUUUAGCGUUGGAUCUAUGGACGCAAAGAGUACUGGACAGCCGCUUUCUACUGAUUCUGUUAAGCCGGACUACAAGGCACUUUUGGAAACGUUUUACAAGGUACACAAUCCGUCAAACGCUGACGCAGGGGUGAUCGAGAAGGCUCUGACUGCAUAUAAGGGCAGGGAGGAAGACUUGUUCGCCCAACUCUUCAGUACUUACGUCCCUCAUUCAACGCCCGACGCUGUCAAGAAGUAUAUAAAUGGUGGACCAGUCCCGCCAAAAUCAGAGUCUGUGGCGGCGGGUUCAAAAUCUUCUGCACCAGUUGCAGCAGCUAAGAGCCCGUUUGGUGACUCAGCUACUGCUCAGUUGAGUCCGUUUGGGGCAUCGUCAUCGGCGUUUGGUCUUGGUCCCACUGCAAGCAAGUCAAUUAAUUUUGGUGGCUUUGGAUCGACAACGACGAUAUCUUCUUCAACACCAUCGACAACCACUACACCUUUUGGCAAGUCAGCUGUUGACUACCGCCAGAAGCUGGUGGAGUUUUACCAGAAGCACAACCCUGGCAAGCUCAGCAGUGUAGAUUCUACGCUUCAAAAGUACAAAGGAAACGAAGAGAAGCUUUUUCAGAAUCUGGCUGCAAAGUACAAGGUGAAUGAUGCACACGGUGGAGUGACGGUCCCGCCGGCAAGUCCGGCUGUGCAGCCUGCUACACCCAAUGCAGCUGCAAGCCCUUUUGCUCGGUUGGUUUCGGUGCAGCAAAGCCUUUCCCAGCAGCAUCUCCGUUUGGCGCAGCUCAGACCCCCCGCUUCUUCUCCAUUUGGAGCUGCUUCUCAGACUUCUAGUGGCUUCAGUUCUGCAGGUCGAAGCGGGUUCGGUAGUGGGUUUCAAUCGACCUCUGUCACGACUCCUGCAUUUGGUGCACCAUCUUCGUUUGGAGCGACAGCUAGUGGGUUUGGAGCUUCUGGUGGUGUAAAUUACCGUGAAAAGCUCAUAGCAUUUUAUCAGCAACACAACCCCGCCAAGCUAAGCUCAGUGGAUGCGACGUUGGAGAAGUACCGGGGUCGCGAAGACCAACUCUUUGCAAUGCUCGAGCAAAAGUAUGUCAAGAAGACCCUGACAGCUCCGACCCCUGGCGGUUUUGGUAUUCCUAGCACCUCAACAUUUGGCGGUGGCAGUAGUGGGUUUGGGGCACCGUCGGGCUUGGGGGUAGCGAAUGCAGCUUCUACAUUUGGAUCGGCUUCGACUUUGGGAGGCACGGCACAACCAUCGUUUGGUGGUGGAGCUGCGGGCUCGAGCUUUGGAAUGGCGUCGCGUAUGGGCGGCGGAUUUGGCUCGACUGCUCCUGCUUCUUCUAGCGGAGGAACUGCCGGAUCAGGAUUUAGCGCUUUCGGUUCUCAACCCGUUACAUUCGGUGGAGCUCCGCAGCAGUCUGGUAGCUUUGGUGCUGCUGCUGCCAACACUGGAAGCUUUGGCUCCAGUUUUGGUAGUAAUGCAACGACAAGCAGCUUCGGCAAACCAAGUGCAUUCAAUAGCUCCAGCUUCACUCAAAUGCGAUGA